UAGUAAACAUAACCAAACAUUAUUAAUAUUACAUUUAAUUUUAGCUAGUAACUAACUAUUUUAAAUGUAACAAGGCAAUAAUGACGCAUAUAUACCUCUUACAGUUCUUUAUAUUUAGUAUAUGUGUAAAUUUUUUCUCAAUAUUCACUUGGUUAAUUUACUACAGCGGUUUAUUAACAUCGAAUUUGUUUCAAGAUAUCAAAUCAGAGUAUGAUUAUAUUAUAGUUGGAUCUGGUACUGCUGGCUCCCUGAUAGCACAUAGACUAGCAGAAACCAACUAUACGUAUAUAGUAAUUGAAGCCGGAGGUUUUGGUCAUCACUUUCAUGACAUCCCAGCAUUUGGACCAUUACUUCAUGGAUCGCACUUCGACUGGGGGUUUGAGACUGUUCCCCAGGACAAUGCAUGUCUUGCUAUGGAUGGCCAUAAAUGCAAACUCUCACAGGGAAAAAUAUUUGGGGGUUCAUCCAAAAUGAAUAACAUGAUUCAUGUUAGAGGGAAUAUAUCUCAUUAUGCUGAUUGGUUUCAUGGGAAAUAUACUAAAGGGUAUAUUGAAGAACAGUUUAAUUAUAUAGAGUCGGAAAUAUUUAAUUUGAGUCCCCUCCAAUAUGAUAGUAAUUUAGGUAAUGCUAUAUUAAAUGCCACCAAGGAGUUAGGUUACAAGGAGAUAAAAGAUUUUGGUAACGGCUUUAAGAAAUCGACUAUUACCCAAUAUAAUGGCAAAAGAUGGACAACAUCGCAUAACUUACAAUUAGAUCAGACAAAGGUUUUGACUCAUGUAUAUAUUGAAAAACUUUUGAUAGAAAAGUCUAAGUGUAUUGGUGUCAAGACAAGAAAUACAAAAAUUCUAGCAAGGAAAGGUGUUAUUCUUAGUGCAGGGACGAUAAAUUCAGCUAAAAUACUUCAGCUUUCUGGCAUAGGGCCGUCCGAGCUAUUACAAUCUCUUAAUAUACCCAUUGUAAAGGACUUGCCAGUUGGAAAAAACCUUCAAGACCAUAUCGGUACUGGUUUAGACUUAGUGUUGUUUGAUGAACCACAGUCAGUUACAGCUUCAGAUAUUAUGGAUCCAAUAAAUGUUGUUCAAUAUUUCUAUAGUGGUAAAGGACCUUUGACUACUCCGGGUUGUGAAGUUGUCGGUUUCAUUUCUACGAAAAACGAAGAAAUCCCUGACAUACAGUUCAUGGUGUUGCCAGUUGGCAUAACUUCAGAUAGAGGUUCACAUUUGAGGAGGAACCUCGGUAUUUCCGAUGACAUAUGGAAAAAUUAUUUCGAAAAAGUAUUUCAUAAGCACGCAGCAACAUUCUUUCCGAUAAUACUUCAUCCUAAAAGUAAAGGCGAAGUAAAAAUACAAAGUAAAAAUUCAAAUGUACCGCCUCUUAUUAAUCCAAAAUAUUUAUCUGACGAAAAUGAUAUCAGAAGUCUGGUAGAAGGUGUUAAGUUUGUCAUUAAAUUAUUAAAAACCGAAUCGCUUAAAGUCAUUAGCGCUCACAUGAACGAUACACCAUUCCCGAGUUGCAAGAAAUAUAAAAUAUUUUCUGAUUUAUAUCUUAAAUGCUAUGUUCAACAUUUGACUUUAACGAGCUACCAUCCUGUGGGUACAUGUUCCAUGGGGCUGCCAGAGUCCAUAAAUACAGUAGUAGACACUUCGUUUAGAUUGUUAGGAGUAAAAAACUUGUAUGUUGUCGAUGGUUCAGUGCUACCAACCCUACCAAGCGGUAAUAUUAACGCCGCCAUUGCUAUGAUGGGUAACAUAUUUUUUGAAAAUGUAAUACUUAACAAUAUUGAUAGAAUUGAAAAUUGCCAAAGAAUUUUCUUAGUGGAAUUGCUGCAAAGCGUAUGCUUAGCUAGAUAACAUUACUUUGUUUACUGUUUUAAUAAAGAAAUUAAAAUAAAACACGUCGUUUUUAAGGUUACGACGCACAUUGUCGUGUUUUAAAAUGAUUACGCACUCUAUUAAAAUGUUACAUCCGUUUUUCUAGUACAUUAUAAAUAUUUUUUUGCAAAAACUCAUUCACAUUUUAUCUAUUUAUUAAAUUAUUUUGCGGAACGUAAUCCGAAACGCAAGUGCGUAAAACAUAUGGAUUAAUACUUUCAGUUAUAAGAUUAAAAAAAUAUAUGUUUAGCAAAACAAAAUUUCACAACCAAUUGUCAGCCCUUGACAUAGCUUCAUAAAGUAAUAAAAGAUUAAAACUCCCACUUGAUGCUUCAUUGGUGCCAUAAUGACAUUUAUUUUGGAAUUAUAUCUUACCAGACAUAUUUAAUAUUACUAAGAAUAAAUUUUUGAAUAAUAAA